AUGCCACAAGACACAGACCCUAUGUAUUCUGGACGUGUUGUAAAUAAAGUCUAUAACCAAGAUUUUAUUAUUGACAGAAGAUUUAAAAUAGUGAAAGAAUUAGGUCAUGGGGCUUAUGGGAUCGUUUGUUCCGCCAAGUAUGAUGAUGGAUCAAAUAAUGAAGAUGGCAGCUAUGUAGCUAUCAAGAAGAUCACUAAUAUUUUCAGCAAGAAGAUAUUGUGCAAGAGAUCUUUAAGAGAAUUGAAAUUGCUACAAUUCUUCAGAGGUCAUAAGAAUAUUACAUGUCUAUAUGAUUUAGAUAUAAUUCGUGAUCCAAUUACUGGAGAAUUUAACGAGAUAUAUCUUUACGAAGAAUUAAUGGAAUGUGACAUGCAUCAAAUUAUUAGAUCAGGACAACCUUUGACUGAUUCUCAUUACCAAUCAUUCAUCUACCAAACUUUAUGUGGAUUAAAGUAUAUCCAUAGUGCAGAUGUCUUGCACCGUGAUUUAAAACCCGGAAACUUACUAGUAAACGCUGAUUGUGAAUUGAAGAUUUGUGAUUUUGGGUUAGCAAGGGGAUUUCUGGAAUUCCCAGAACAGAAUGUUGGGUUUAUGACUGAAUAUGUUGCAACUAGAUGGUAUAGAGCACCUGAAAUCAUGUUGAGUUUUACAAAUUAUACCAAAGCAAUCGAUAUCUGGUCAGUUGGGUGUAUAUUAGCAGAGUUGUUGGGAGGUAAACCAAUCUUCAGAGGUAAGGAUUAUGUUGAUCAAUUGAAUCAGAUUUUGCUUAUAUUAGGAACUCCAAAAGAGUCUACUUUAACUAAAAUUGGAUCUGUUAGAGCUCAGAAUUAUGUAAGAUCUUUACCAUUUAUGAGAAAAGUUCAUUAUUCUGAAUUGUUUCCGACUGCAAAUCCGUUGGCUUUGGAUUUAUUGGAGAAAAUGCUCACUUUAGAUCCAUACGAAAGAAUCACAGUUGAAGAAGCUUUAAACCAUCCAUAUCUCUCCGUUUGGCAUGAUCCACAGGAUGAGCCAGAGUGUCAAAUAAAAUUUGAUUUUAAAUCGUUUGAAACAGUCGAUGAUAUGAAGUCAAUGAAAAAUCUUAUAAUUGAUGAAGUCAAGAAUUUUAGAGAGUUUGUCAGAAAACCCUUGCAAGAACAACAGCAAAUUCAAUUACAAAUGCAAAUACAGCAGCAACAGAAAGAGCAACAAGAAAAUAAUUCAAUGGAUUUAUCAACUCCAUUAGAUCAGCAACAAUUUAAUGAAAUGUUAAGUACCAAUUCUAACUCCAACUCCAACUCAAACCCAGAGACAGGAGUUAAUACAAACACUUCAAAAAUAAAUAAUGAAAACGACUUGCAAUAUUAUCAAUCUAUUCCAAAGCCUCAAGAGCUUGAUGAAUUUACAUUUUCGCAUAACAGUAAGGACUUGUCUCCAACAGAUGGUAAUGACAACCAUACUGAUUUAUUUAGAUUGGAAGAAGAAUUAGGUUUUGGUUUAGAUGGUGCUGGAAUGUUCAAUAACAUUUAA